AAUAGGAGCAGUCAUUACAAGCCAAAUUAAUUUGCUGCGAAGACGUUUACGAGCGGAAGAAAAAAAAGGAAGAAUAUUAAAUAAAAAUGUUGGGGCAAUGGGUAAAAGUGGCCACAGCAUGCGCCAGGAUUGGUUUGAAAAUUGGUCAAGCAAAUGGGGCUCCAGGUGGAAGCCAUUUUGGUAAUCUUGGCCAGUUUUCCCUCCGCACUCGAUCCCUUCACUCCUCCAUGUCGCUUUGGGAAGAUAAGGAUAAAGAUAAGGACAAGGAUAAGGAUAAGUCAGGUGAUGAGUGCGAUAUCGAGCCUGAGGACCCUUGCAAGGAAGCUGAGUUGGUCAAGAAGAAGGAUGAAUGCAAGGAUGAUAAGCCUGCCGGAGGUAAAGCCUUGGAGAUGAGCGGUCGCAAGGGUGUCAUCCAUGCCGUCAUCGGUCCUGUCAUUGAUGUGUACUUCGAGGAGGAGGUUCCCGAGGUGCUCAAUGCCCUCAAGGUGAUGGAUGCUCCUAUUGAGAACCUGGUGCUUGAGGUUUUCCAUCACCUGGGCAACAACAUCGUCCGCUGCGUGGCCAUGGAUUCCACAGAGGGACUUCGCCGUGGUCAGCAGGUGGUCGAUACGGGCUACCCGAUCCGUGUGGCUGUGGGUAGGUCUGUCCUGGGCCGCAUCCUCAACGUGGUGGGCGAUCCCAUCGACGAUCGCGGCGAGAUCAAGUCGGACUUCUACUCCUUUAUCCACAACGAAGCCCCGGAGUUGACCGAUUUGAGUGUGAAGCCAGAGAUCCUCGUCACUGGCAUCAAGGUGAUUGAUUUGCUGGCCCCGUAUGUCAAGGGUGGCAAGAUCGGUCUGUUCGGAGGAGCCGGCGUGGGCAAGACGGUGCUCAUCAUGGAGCUGAUCAACAACAUUGCCAAAUCCCAUGGCGGUUACUCCGUGUUUGUGGGUGCAGGGGAGCGCACCCGUGAGGGCAAUGAUCUCUACCAUGAGAUGAUCGAGUCGAAGGUUAUCUCCCUCGAGGAUGAUUCCUCGAAGGUGGUGCUGGUCUUUGGCCAGAUGAACGAGCCACCAGGUGCCCGUUCCCGUGUGGUCCUUACGGGACUAACCAUCGCCGAGUAUUUCCGCGAUGUUGAUGGACAGGAUGUGCUGCUCUUCAUUGACAACAUUUUCCGUUUCACCCAGGCGGGAUCGGAGGUGUCGGCUCUCCUCGGACGCAUUCCCUCCGCGGUGGGCUACCAGCCAACUCUGGGCACCGACAUGGGCACCAUGCAGGAGCGGAUCACCAGCACCCGCAACGGUUCCAUCACCUCCGUUCAGGCUGUCUACGUGCCCGCCGAUGAUCUCAGUGAUCCUGCUCCUGCGGCCACCUUUUCGCAUUUGGAUGCUACAACCGUACUUUCUCGUCCCAUCGCUGAAUUGGGUAUUUAUCCGGCUGUAGAUCCCUUGGACUCGUCGUCCCGCAUCCUUGAUCCCGACGUUGUUGGCGAGGAGCACUACAAUGUGGCUCGAGCGGUGCAGAAGACCCUGCAGGCCUACAAAUCGCUGCAGGACAUCAUCGCCAUCCUGGGAAUGGAUGAACUCUCCGAGGAGGAUAAGUUGACGGUGGCCAGGGCCCGCAAGAUGCAGCGCUUCCUCUCGCAACCGUUCCAAGUGGCUGAGAUCUUCACCGGUCACCCGGGCAAGUUGGUGCCGGUGGAGAAGUGUGUGGAGGGCUUUAAGCGCCUGCUGAAUGGGGAAUACGAUGACAUCCCGGAGAUCGCCUUCUACAUGGUUGGCGAUGCCGAGGAGGUCCUGGCCAAGGCCAACCAACUGGCGGCCACUAUGUCUGGAGAAACUGCACCACCGGCGAAGGAGGGCGCGGCCAAGGAGGGGGAGGCCAAGAAGGACGAAAAGGACAAAAAAGAGGCAAAGCCAGAAGAAGCCAAGAAGGAUGAGCCUACCAAGGGGGAGGGCAAGAAGGAGGAACCCAAGAAGAAGGAUGAGAAGGCUAAGAAUGAUAAGCCAAAAGAUCCUGAGAAGAAAUAAGCAUUUUUUUAUAAAUUACAAGCAAAAAUCGGAAAUAAUUGUAAUCAUUUUAUUUUAGAUUUUGUUUCCUUUUUUAUUAACGAUGUUACGUUUGUAAUUUUCAAAUCCAUUCCAUAAAUUACUAUAAACAAUUCCUAUUUUAAAAACUA